CAGGAGGCCUGGCUGAACCACUGCCUCUCGCCAUGGGGCCAUACUACCCCAAUCCUUACUUGGCCCUGCAGCACGUCACCACCUGCCUGCCCACACUGCCCCAGCAGCAACAGCAGCAGCAUCCGCAGGCCCGGCAGGCACAACAGCAUCAGCAGCAACACCCGCUACAGAACGGUAUUGGCCAGAUGGCGCGACCUUCCACCUCGUCAGCCAUGUUUGCCGCCUCUUCGUGUGCGACCAUGACGCGGCCUUCGACAUCGCAUAACUCUGGAGGAAUGCUCUUCCAAAAGAAGCAGCGGAGCAGGCCCGACUCGAACGAGCCUGACUCGGAGGACGACCUCGACGACCAAGACUCGGCGGACGAGCAGUUGCCGUCGAGACGGCGCACCGGCGGAGGCAGCAAGGGCGUCACGUCGUACUCCAUCGAGGACAUUCUCAAGAAACCGGGCGACUCUCCCGCUGGAAGGUCCAGGGCCCCCCACAGGAGAACGGCGACUUGGAGCUCCGACGACGGAAGCGCGAACGGCACGUCGCCACAGCAUCCCAAAGGCCACUCGAAGUCGGAACAGGAGUCAAGUCUGGAGGCGGAAGUGACGUCAUCGUCGGCCGACGCCGAGUGCAACGGGCUGCCACCUGCCACGUCCCAGCAGCAGCUAACCGAACAGACGACCGCCGCGGCAGCAGCAGCGGCUGCAGCCGCAGCCGUAGCGGCUUUCCAGCCCCAAGCGGCAGCUCUGGCUCUGUGGGCCGGAGCAGCAGCAUCUAGCCCAGGCAGCGUAGGAUUCGCGUCAUUCCCGUUCACGAGGUUCGCACCCAUGAUGGCGCCGUUCCCGUGCUCCUACUUCUCGCAAAUGGCCGCCAUCUACCCGCACGCCCAGCCGCCACAGCCAUCGUCGUCGUCCAUCGAGCCGGCGAUCGUGGUGGACAGCAACAUCGUUGCUGAUUCGGCAACUUCGCCGUCUCCCGCGGCGGAAGCACCGACUAACACGAUGCAUUCAAAGCCGAGUUCGCUGGCACUGACUCCGUGAGGCGUCGGCGAGACGCGUGCGUUGUUUGUUCGUUUGUAGUAACAGUUGUUGAGCGUU